CCUGUCCUUAUCUUUCCCUUUCGUCUCCAUGGAGAUUCACCGCCCAGGCUUGCCUGCAUCUCAGCCUCUGCCAGGGAUGCUGAGCUGGGCUUGGUUCAUCCCUCCUCCGAAGCCCUGGUACCCGCAACCCUGUCUCCUCCCCCUGGGGUGAAUCCACCCUCCUUUACAGUCUCUCUUUUUUUCUGACUGGCUCAUUUAUUCUCUGGCGCUGACAGCUAGGCAGAGCCACUAAGGAGCCCAUCCCCCUGCUCCACCCUCCACCUGCUCCUCUAGCUGUCCGUCCUACCGGGAAAAGCUCUCGGUGGGUUUCUUCUCUGAGCAUCGGACCCUCUGCCAUUCCAGCCUCUCAUGCCGAGACCCGUCCUGUCAGUCACUGCUUUUUGUCAUCGGCUUGGCAAACGGGAGAGCAAACGAAGCUUCAUGGGAAACAGCAGCAACAGUUGGUCCCAUGCAUCAUUCCCCAAGCUGGAGCUGGGUCUGGGACACCGUCCCUCCCCAACCCGGGAGCCGCCUACCUGCUCCAUCUGUCUGGAAAGGCUUCGAGAGCCCAUCUCGCUGGACUGUGGCCACGACUUCUGCAUCCGAUGCUUCAGCACACAUCGCAUCCCAGGCUGUGAGCUACCAUGCUGUCCUGAAUGCCGGAAAAUCUGUAAGCAAAGGAAGGGCCUCCGCAGUCUGGGGGAGAGGAUGAAGCUCCUACCACAGCGGCCACUGCCCCCUGCACUGCAGGAGACCUGUGCUGUGAGGGCAGAGCGCCUGCUGUUGGUACGAAUCAAUGCUUCUGGAGGCCUCAUCCUCAGGAUGGGUGCCAUAAACCGCUGCCUGAAGCAUCCACUGGCCAGGGACACACCUGUCUGCUUACUGGCUGUCCUGGGAGAGCAGCACUCAGGAAAGUCCUUCCUCUUGGACCACUUGCUCAGAGGUUUACCAGGCUUGGAAUCUGGUGACAGCGGCAGGCCCAGAGCAGAGGGGUCUCUGCCUGGGAUCAGAUGGGGUGCUAACGGCCUCACGAAGGGCAUCUGGAUGUGGAGUCACCCCUUCCUGCUGGGAAAGGAAGGGAAGAAGGUGGCUGUGUUCUUAGUGGACACAGGAGAUGUCAUGAGCCCAGAACUGAGCAAGGAGACAAGGGUCAAGCUCUGUGCUCUCACCAUGAUGCUCAGUUCCUACCAGAUCCUGAAUACCUCCCAAGAGCUGAAGGACACAGAUCUGGGCUAUCUAGAGAUGUUCGUUCAUGUGGCUGAGGUGAUGGGCAAACAUUAUGGGAUGGUACCAAUCCAGGUAAGAUAUCUAUUUCUAGUUUCAUCCAUCCCAACAUGCCAAUCCCGGCUGCCGGUGUCAGGACCCUUUCUCUUCCAGCAUCUGGAUCUCUUAGUCCGUGACUCUUCCCAUCACAAUAAGUCAGGGCAAGGGCACGUGGGUGACAUACUCCAGAAGCUGUCCGGCAAAUAUCCCAAAGUCCAGGAGCUGCUCCUAGGGAAACGGGCCCGCUGUUACCUCCUCCCUGCUCCUGAGAGGCAGUGGGUAAACAAAGACCAAGCCAGCCCAAGAGGCAAGGAUGACUUCUCCCACCAUUUCCGGGCCUACAUCUUGGAUGUGCUGAGCACAGCCCCUCAGCAUGCUAAGAGCCGCUGCCAAGGGUACUGGAGUGAGGGGCGAGCUGUGGCCAGGGGAGACAGACGCCUGCUCACAGGACAGCAGCUAGCACAGGAGAUCAAGAACCUCUCUGGCUGGAUGGGGAAGACUGGGCCCAGUUUCAGCUCUCCAGAUGAGAUGGCUGCUCAGCUUCAUGAUCUGAGGAAAGUGGAAGCCGCCAAGAAGGAGUUCGAGGAGUAUGUGAGACAGCAGGACAUAGCCACCAAGCGCAUCUUCUCUGCACUACGAGUCCUGCCCGACACUAUGAGGAACCUCCUCUCUACCCAGAAGGAUGCCAUCUUGGCCCGCCAUGGUGUGGCCCUGUUGUGCAAGGAGCGAGAGCAGACCUUGGAGGCCCUGGAAGCAGAGCUGCAGGCCGAAGCCAAGGCCUUCAUGGACUCCUACACAAUGCGCUUCUGUGGCCACCUGGCCGCGGUAGGGGGCGCUGUAGGUGCUGGGCUCAUGGGCCUGGCGGGGGGUGUGGUGGGCGCAGGCAUGGCUGCAGCAGCGUUGGCUGCUGAAGCUGGGAUGGUAGCAGCUGGGGCCGCGGUGGGGGCCACUGGGGCUGCCGUAGUCGGGGGUGGUGUGGGUGCUGGGCUGGCCGCUACUGUAGGCUGCAUGGAGAAAGAGGAAGAUGAGAGAGUUCAAGGAGGGGACCGAGAGCCCCUACUCCAGGAAGAAUAAUAGCUAGGAGAUGCUGACGCGUGAAAUACAUGAAAGGCAGGAGGAAGGGUGUGGACAUGCCAGGGACUCAGAAGAGACCUCGUAUAUACUGGCCUUGUUGAAUGCCCCAUGUCAAACACUGGCUGAGCUGGGGGUUUACGGUAGGUCCAGAAAUCUGAGGAGGGUUUCUGGCCACGAGGCUGUACUUAGAGUACAGCAGAUAGGGUGUAAAGCCUGUUUCUGGCUAUGGGUAAUUGCUACUCACUGGAAGCUAGGAUCUUCCACCACAUAAGGCUCCACCUCCCCUACCCAGCUCUAGUUUAUUUCCCUGGAGGGCCUGGGCUGGAAAUUUGCCCCUGGAUCCAGAACCUCGUCUGUUUUACAGUUGGGAUAGGGCCCAGCAUAACUGACUUUGGAGCUGGGGCUCCCUAACAGGGAGGAAAAAGGAGGGGCCUCAGGGCAGGGAUGGGAAUGAUAGACAGAGCUAUAACUCUGGAGUGCUGACUUGUUCCCAAAACUGCUCCAGAAGGCCAGACUUGGCCGGCCUCCCUGCUCUUCAGUUGGGUGUCCAGAUGCGUGUCCUGAACCGCCCUGUACCCCAGCCUCCUGCAGUCCUCCUAAGCCUGUGCCCUGUGCCAAGCCCUUUUGGAUGGAUCAACACAGAUUACAUGCCAAAGAACCACACCUCUGAUUGCAUUCUGUGCUAGAGCAGUCCGUGCCAGGUUCUGCCAAAGUGUGGUAAGGGAAAAUGUGCAGGAAAUGAACUCGGUCUUUAAACAUAAGCUUGAACUGUGGGGCCUCUGUGCCACACUGUAAAACCCCCUUGAUGCAGCUCUCUGAACAGCAAGCCCCCAGAGAGCUUGUGGACAGGGAGCCUCUCUCGGGGGAUGGAGAUUUCUAGAGAGACUUCUGGGCUAUUAAACUAUAAAGGAUGUUGGGCAUAUGACCCUUUAUUUUAUAUAAAAAAUAAAAUGUGUGCGUGUGAAUGGCAA